AUGGGGUAUAAGCUAGAUGGAGAAACCUUUGUUAAAACCCCCAAGGUUGCUCUCAGAAAAAAAGCUUCUCUCCCGGCACAUCCUGAAGUAUCCUUAUCUCAAUUUUCUAAUGAAAUGCUCUUUAAUCUCCUUAUGAGGAUAAAUGGGAAGCUUACUAACCAAGCAGUAAGAAUGGAGAAAAUUGAAGGAAAAAUGGCAGAAUCGGAAAAAAUGUUGGAGGAAAAAGGAAAAAUGCCUAUUGAACCUACUGCUGUAGAUAGCUCUGUAACUCCUAGUCUUGCACCAGUUAGACAGGGUGCUGAGGGUUCUGUUUUCCAAGCCGAGGGUCAUGAACCUGAAAAAGUUGAAUCAGAACAAGGAACUGAGGUACUUGGCUCACUAGAUGAAAAUCCCCCAUUCCCUCCAAAACCUCAAAAAGAGCAGCUUUCUCCUCCAAAUUCUGAGGAAGUAUCAAUUAUGGAUGUCUUUCAUCAAAUGGUCAAAGAAGAGCAAGCAGAAAAAGAAGCAGCUGAAGCACAAGCACAGAAGUUUGCAUUCAUUGAACCAACUCCCACAUCAGAAAAACUAUCGGGUAAAGGAAAAGAAAAAGCUCCUGCAGCUUCACAGGCCCAAUCAAAACCACUUGGUAAAGGCAUGACGACAAUGGCCACCAAGACCAAAUUCCUCAAAAGAAGAAAAUACUCCAGAAUUCCUGAAAAGGCUAAACCAUCAGUCAUCUUUUCUCCUCAAGAACCCUUGGAAAUUCCAAAUAAAUCAUCCCUUGAACCCUCACCACAAAAAUAA